UCCCGGAAGAGUCGUUUGGGUUAGACAAGCUGAGCUGCAGUGUUCCUCAAUAAGGCAAAAGUCCGACUCGCAUCACGAUCAUUCCAGUAUCCAACUCGAUAAAACCCAUACUACUUGUACAUAUUUCUCCGUCACCAUGCCUUUCAUUCAAGACUCGCACCUUCCUCUUUCGUCGUUUGUUAAGACGCAAAUCGACAUCCCGGAUUAUCUCGAUCCCUCCUUAUCUCCGUAUACCAUAAUGAAUGGCGGGUCCCCAACCCACGGAAACGUGUAUAGACAAGCCUCCGUCGGCACUUUCUCAACUUCUGAAGCUUUAGAACUUGCUCGAGAAAGUGAGGAAGCUGCUGAAGAUCCAAUCAUCGUCGGUAUUUUGGAAGUCGCCAUCAACAACAUCUGGAUUAAGAUUCAACAACAACCUUCAUCAUAUGUCAUGACAAGUGAAGAAUUCGCUGUCUUUAAUUAUUUUCAAAAUCGAUUUCGCGGACAAGAACUCGCCACAGAAGCACGAAAGAGAUAUUGGGAUUCCCAACAUAGUUGAGAGGUGCCAAAGUGGCUUACCCAUUAUCACUUAUCUUAACCCCCCACUCAUCUGUGCAACCCUUGUUCCCCGGAGGAUCAGUGCCAAGUUAAGAAAAGAAGGAAGUUGCAAUGUCAGCAGGAACCGAUGAUCUGUUUGACUCGAAGAGAGAUAUUCAUGUCGAUGCUGAUUUCCGACUGAUUGGGACCAAUUAUGAGCCUGACAAGAAUAUUCGAACAACAACAGAAAACUUCAAAAUAUAUCUUCUCGUUUUUUUGACCUGUGGUUUGUCAUUGAUAUGGCUUUUACCAUCAUGUUUUUCGAACGAGAAGGUCGAUACAUUACCAAAAUCUCAUCUGGUCAAAUAUUCUGCUACACCUGCACCAUCUGCCACGCCUUCUUCCGCCGUACUUGAAGUAUUUCAAGUGUAUCAACCAGUUCUCAUCCCUCCUGGUGUUACCGAUGAGACGACAUCAUAUAAUGGAGUUGAGGAAACUGCGAUAAUUGCGUCGACGAAUGAUGCUACUAGCUGUAAAGUUGUUUUGAUGGAACAUACCUUUGGCUACAGCUAUGGCAUCCCCUUUGUUGGUAUGGAACCUACAUUUUUCAAUUGUGUAAUACCAACCAACUAACCAUCGCGCAGGCAAUUAUACACCACCUAACUGCAAGUUUAACAGAGUGGUUAUGAAUUUCACCGUCACUUCAAGUGGUCGUCAAUUCGACCGACUCGCAAUAAUGUACUUUGGCGACUCCGAAGUUUGGAGAACAUCUACCGCAGAACCAACUACUGCUGGAAUUAGAUGGGAAUAUCUUAAGGACAUGACCGAAUAUCUUUAUUUUUGGAACACUCCCCAAACACUCAUUUUCGAUCUUGGAAACUUGAUCGAUAGCACCUAUACUGGAUACUACUACACCAGUCUUACAGCUACUUUCUUCACGAGUCAAGAAACUGUCGAACCGGCUGAUCUGAUUCUUCCCAUCUCCGCAAGACAUGGUGGAGAAGAUGCUGUGAGCGUCUUCACGUUACCAGGCGACAAUGCUACCAACACGAUUGCAUUUCCACGAAAUGCCAAUCGUGCUGUUUUUUCCAUCUCAGCAUGUGGUCAGUCAACCGAGGAAUUUUGGUGGGGAAAUGUGCUUCAGUCGGAUAUCGAAGCAUUUGAGGACUACGAUGGAACACUUUAUGGAUAUUCGCCAUUCCGUGAAGUUCAAGUUUUGAUUGAUGGCCAAAUAGCUGGAGUACAAUGGCCAUUCCCGGUAGUCUUUACCGGUGGUAUUGUACCAGGGCUUUGGAGACCAAUUGUAGGGCUUGAUGCUUUCGAUCUUCGUGAACACGAGAUUGAUAUUACUCCUUGGUUACCCAUUCUCUGCGAUGGAUCUGAGCAUACAUUCGAAAUCCGAGUUGCGGGUGUUAUAGACGAUGGUGAAGGAAGUGGUACACUCAUUGAUACAGUUGGUAGCUACUGGCUCGUCACAGGGAAAAUCUUCAUUUGGCUCGAUUCCGAUGACUCUGUCACCACCGGUACAACACCCAAAAUUUCUCUUCCAGCUCCUAUCAUCACCACCUCGCACGUUCUUACUCAAAAUGCAUCUGGGGCGAAUGAGACACUCACUUACACAACUAAUGUCCAACGUUCGCUCUCUAUUUCAUCCACUAUUAUUACGGAAAAUGGCACUACCACCUCUACAUGGACACAAGAACUAAGCGCCCUAAACUAUGGCCAGUACACCGCUUUCGGCGCCAUCCAAAUAAACAAUGCAACAACCUACGGUAUCGAUACCUCGACACUAGGAAGUUCCACAAAAUACAAAUCCGAGUACACAUACCCUGUCUGGGUAAACACAACAUACCUAGUUCUCUCCUCCACAAACUACACCCUCGAAGCCACCAUAACCCGUGGUCUCGACCUCGUCAUCUCCGGUGACUCGGUCUUCCCAUCCGGUCUUCAACCCUUUGCCUACAUUCCGUCCUCCGCGUCUCUGAUCGCUGGUUUCUCAGGAACUCAUCUUUCAACCACUCAAGAUGGAUCUGCCACCUAUCUAGGUACAUCUGCCGGCAGUUCCAGCUUCGGAAAAACCAAUCAAAAUUUUCAAUUCUCUGGACUGGAUAUCAAUAAUGAUGCAUCGGAUACAGAAUUAUAUUAUCGCAAUGUACAAGCUGUCAAUUCAACCAUUGUAUAUGAUGAGGAAAGAUUGGUCGGCGCCGAAAUUGGAAAAUAUAGUAAUCCGAAACCUGGACAUGCGUAUUGGAGUCAGAGUGUUAUGAGUCCUAAGGAGGCUAUUGGGAGGGGAAAGGGUAAUCCUAAACAGUUGCUUGUGGGUGGUGGUGCAUAGUUGAGGAGUUGUUGGAGAGGAGGGUGGAUGAUUGCGGAGAAUGAUGUACGGUAGUGAGUGAGUGUGGGUUGGAUAUAUAGUCUGAAGCGAUCUUUUCAUCAUUUAAAUACCCCUUCAGGCGUUUACUUACUUUCUUGUCUCUCGUU